AUGCGUUCCAUCCAACAUGAGUUUAACCCAUUUCUGAGUGCUGGCAAAUUGACCCAGCAUUACUUUGUAGACGCAUACGUUAAGACAGAAGGUAAUCGUUUAAACUAUGUUAGACAAAAUCAGUCCAAAUUGAGGGUUGAAAAGUACACAGGUCUCAUGGACCAUCUUCAAAGUGUAGCUGCAGACCAGGGCUUAGUUCCAGACAAAGCAGUCAUACUUCCAUCUUCAUUCCAAGGUAGUCAAAGAAACAUGGUACAGAAUUACCAAAAUGCCAUGGCUAUUGUUAGAAAGUAUGGGAAGCCUGACUUUUUCAUAACCAUGACAUGUAACCCAAAAUGGUCUGAAAUUGUUGUUAAUCUCAGAAGGUCAAAACUACAAGAACUGCUUGAUAACAUCACAAAGAAACAUGUUUUGGGUAACCUAGCUGCCAAAGUUCAUGUUAUUGAAUUUCAGAAAUGUGGAUUAACUCAUGCACAUAUUUUGCUCAUUUUAUCUGCAGAAGAUAAGCCUACAAAUGCUGAAGUAAUUGAUAGCUUUAUUUCUGCAGAAAUACCUGACAUUCAAGUCCAUCCCCAGUUACAUGCAAUUGUAACCAAGCACAUGAUACAUGGGUUCUGUGGGGAGCAUAAUUUAACAUCUCCAUGUAUGGUUGAUAGUGUUUGCUCUAAGCAAUUUCCAAAAUCCUUCCAGGAAGAAACUUUGUUAAAUAUAGACGGGUAUCCACGUUACAAGAGAUACAAAAAAACAGUUUCCAUUGAAAUAAAUGGAAAAACAAUUGAUAACUCUUGGGUUGUACUAUACAACCAAUACUUGACUUUAAAAUACAACUGCCAUAUUAACAUAGAAAGCUGCGCUUCCAUAAUAAGUGUGAAGUGCAUAUUAAAGCAUAUCUAUAAAGGGCAUGACUUGGCUAAUAUAGCAAUUAAAGAACAUGAAACUCUUCUUCAUGAUGAGAUAAUGUCCUUUAUGGAUUCUCGAUAUGUCAGUGCUCCAGAAGCAGCAUGGUGGCUUUUUGGUUUCCAUAUGCACCAUCAAACGCAUACCAUUGUGCAAUUACAAGUUCACCUUCCUGGAGAACAGUCGGUAUACUUUACUGAAGAUAAUAUUGAAACUGCUGUAGAAAAAAAACAAUCAAAAAACACAGCUUUGACUGCUUGGUUUCAGUUAAACUAA